AUGCCAUCCUUACCAUCCACCCUCACACUGCGCAAUAUACCUCCUCUACAUCACCUCCAGGCUCGAGGGGUCGACGGCAAUCACAUCAGUCCACAUCAUAGUGACUACGAUUUGUCAGAGUCUUACGCCUCGGGUGACUAUGGCACGGGCGACGACACAGGCGAAGACAUGUACGAGCACGACUGGUGGUCGUGUCCGGAAAAAUCAGCAGAACGCAUCGCGGUGUUCUCUAUAGUGACGGGCAUUCUAUUUUUUAUUGUCGUCAUUCUUUGCUUCAAAAUCAGAAAACUGAAGAAAGGGCUUCUCAUGUGA